AAAGACUGUGGGACGGAGUCAGCGAGAAAAUCGAGCGUGCCGCGGAAGUGGAGUGUCGGUCCAGAUUCGUCGUUGUUUCUUGGUGACUGGAUUUGUCGCAGCCUCCUAGGAUAUCGCAGAAUCCCGGCACGUAUCGUAUGAUUCGUAUGGCGUAAGAUCAACCCUCUGGGGGUGAGAGAAUUUCGGGAUUUGGACGUUGACCUGAAAAAAAGCACACAACAAUGUUGGAUCCAUUCAACAUCACUUUGAUACCGAAAAUUCCAAAGUAAGCCUAACAGCAACAUGGUGGCAUCAAGAAGUUAUUUACCCCUGACAUUUCUAUUUAUACUCCAAACAACUUCGAUGCAGUGCCAAGAUGAGAAGAAAAAAGGAGACGAAUUCAGCGCAGACACAAACGAAAUAAAAGACAUACGUCCAUUUAGCAAUACUGAAGAUGAACAUUUCAAAGACAUUUUCGAUGACUUUUACGGUGCUAACAUAAGAUACUUCAGAGGGCCUAGAAGUGUUCCGGAAAGGAGUAUAGCCAGCAUAAGGAAAAGACUGAAUGAGGAGAGGAAGAGGGAUGAAAUCAUGGCGGCUGAUGCUCUUCCUAGGAUGGAGCCCAAUGACACUGGGCUAGUCAAGCAUGGGACCACUGAUAUGGAUGCAGGAUAUGAACACGCCAUGAACAGCGAGCAGCUGUACAACAAGCAAACGGACAAGAUCAGGCAGCUCCAUCUGCAGCACUCCGUAGAACAGCCGGGCGAGUUCGAGGCGGGCAUCGACUGCGACUUCGAGAACGACUGCCUGUGGACGUGGCGCAAGGACGUCGCCAACGGGUUCUUCAUCGCCGCUGGGGGGGCCGAAGGGGGCGGGCCGGCGGCCGAUGCUGACCAAAGGGAGGGCGGAAGUUUCCUUCUACUAAGGCUUCCCCUCGAAUCGACAGAAUUCCACGUGACCAGUCCUCAGUUCAGUCCUACAACCACGUCUUGCAAACUGGCCUUGUGGAUUUACCAGGAACUAAUGGACGGAGGCUUCAUACGAAUUGUCGGAUACAAAUCUGAUGAUAAUACACAGUGGCUGGUUAAAAGUAUACCUGGCGACAACAGCAAGAAGUGGCGAAAGUACGACAUGUCAGUAGGAAAAAUCUCGAAGAAUUUCACGAUCAUCUUGGAAGUGGUACCGUCUGAAAAUAUGGUGACAGGAGCGACCGUCGCCUUCGACAAUAUCCAGUUGUUCCACUGCUACCACAAAAAUGACGAUACUUGUUCGUCUAUGCAGUACAAAUGUAAAGCCACGACGACUUGCAUCAACAGUACCAGCAUCUGCGAUAUCACCAAGGACUGUCUUCAUGGAGAUGAUGAAACACAUAAUUGCGACCAAAUGCCGUACGGUUCGAGAUGCAGCUUCGAAGAGGACUGGUGCGGGUGGGAGAACGUCGACGUCAAGUCGCUGGAGUGGGCGCGCCACAACGGCUCCACGCCCACCAAUUUCACCGGGCCCAGCUUCGAUCACACGUUCAAGAACGGCAGCGGCAACUAUUUGUACGUGAACAUGCUGAAGGAAAACGCCAAGUUUGCCACGGCUGCCACGCUCAGAAGCGUCGAUUUCAAUCCUCCACCGAGGGUGCACGGAAAUUUCUCCUCGAGGUUUUAUAAUUCCUGUGCGAUUAGAUUCUACUUGCACAAAACCGGUAAGCACAAGAGCGCCAUCUUGCUGCAAGUAACCGAGUUGAGGCCUUCGGAAAAUGUGUCCAUGGAGAUGCUGUGGAGCUUCAAUGACCACGGUGACCAGUGGGUUAGACAAGUCUUCAUAUUACCCAACAUCACACACAGAUAUUUCAUACAUUUUCAAGCGAGAAAAGGCAUCAGGUACAUGAGCGAUAUUGCCAUAGAUGACGUAUCUUUGAGUCCGGAAUGCUUUGGCCUGAAUAUUCCCAAAGAAGAACUGCAAGGUUAUAAUUAUUGGGACGUCAGAGCGGGUCUAUCUCCCGAUCAAGAAACCCACAAAGACUUCGUUAAUAAGACAUAUUAUGAGAUAAGAACUUGCAAUGCCAAAGGGAGAUUUGGGCCAACACAGCCUGACUGUACUAAGGCGUAUAACGGUACUCAAAUCAAUGUUAGAGUUGUGCAUGAGCCUGGUUUGACUGGAGUGCAGAAAUGGGUAGUGCCUAGAGACGGAUACUACACAUUUAUACUGAGUGGUGCGAGCGGUGGAAGAGGCAGUUCGGCUAUGGGUUCUUCUAGAGGGGCAAUGAUCAGAACGAUAUUCGAUAUGAAGAAAGGCCAGGAAGUCUUUAUGUUGGUUGGCCAAGAGGGAACCAGCUCUUGUGUUAAGAGUCUUGGUACGCUGAGAAACUCUUCUUGUCGCUCAAAUCAUGUUUUUCGCUCUGGAGGUGUAAGAGGUGUAUUAUGGAUAGAUAUCAACGACAGCGGAGGUGGUGGUGGUGGGGCAACUUAUAUCUUCAUGCGGAAUCGUACCAAGGAAAAGAUACCUCUAGCCGUAGCAGCCGGUGGAGGUGGUCUGGGUUUGGGCCGUUUCAGCGUCGAUAACGUUCAACAACAUGGGCAAGCCAUCAAUAAAUCGCGACUGCCGUUCACUGGGAGAAUGUAUGGACCCAAGAGCGCCGGAGCCGGCGGCGGUUGGAACAUGUUCGCCGGCCUCGUCGAUCCCGAGCACAAGCCGAUGAUGGGCAGCUCGUUGCAGGCGGGCGGCAUCGGGGGCAAGGCCUGCUACAACUCGACGGACAGCAGGGGGGACGGCGGCUUUGGCGGGGGCGGCGGCGGUUGCAGAUAUGGUGGCGGAGGCGGCGGUUACGCUGGUGGCGACGCCCCCUCGCACGACUCCACCAACGGCGAGGGCGGCUACUCCUACUUGGACACCUCGCGCGCCGACCCGCGUCACUCCGUCGUCCAUGCCGGCUUCAAUACCGGCGCCGGGUACGUCGUCAUCGUGCCGGAGAUCGACGGCUGCGAGUGCGACUACAAGUGCGCCGCCUUGGACGAGAAGAGGUCGGAGGUGACUUGUAUAUGUCCGGCCAGAUGGCAGCUCAAGGAGGACAAGAAGACCUGCCAACCACUAGAAAAGCCGGUAGCUGAUGUGCCAUAUCCAACAUGGUUCGUGGUAGUACUCAUCGUUACCGUUUUCUGCUUAGUUGUGGCCUUUGGAGCAGUAUUUUUCGUUUUAUAUAACCGGUAUCAGCAACGAGCGACAGGUAUAAUGAGAAGAAAGAUGCUGUCCAGUCAUGAGCUACAACUGGACAGGCUCAGGAUGGCAUCGGACAGCAUGAUGACAGAAUACAACCCCAAUUACGAGUUCGGCGGGAUAGUGUACACCCUCAAAGACCUCAAAGAUAUUCCUAGAGACCAGCUGAGAUUGGUCAAGGCUUUGGGCCAAGGCGCUUUCGGCGAGGUCUACCAAGGCUUCUACCGCCAGAGGCCUUGCGACACCGUGGAAAUGCCGGUGGCAGUGAAAACCCUGCCGGAAAUGUCGACGUCGCAGGCGGAAAUGGACUUCCUCAUGGAGGCCCUCAUCAUGUCCAAGUUCAACCAUCCGAACAUCGUCCACUUCAUAGGCGUGUGCUUCGACAAGCAUCCCAGGUUCAUCGUGCUGGAGCUGCUCGCCGGAGGGGACCUGAAAAAUUUCCUGAGGGAGUCCCGGCCUGAACCUGAGAAAGUCAGUCUUCUCGGCAUGAAGGACCUGAUUUUGAUAUCUAUAGACGUGGCGAAAGGAUGCAAGUAUCUGGAAGACAACAGGUUCAUCCACAGGGAUAUAGCGGCGAGGAAUUGUUUGCUGACCACGAAGGGACCUGGAAGAGUCGUCAAAAUCGCGGAUUUCGGCAUGUCCAGGGAUGUUUAUAGAUCGGAUUACUACAGGAAGGGCGGCAAAGCGAUGCUGCCCAUAAAAUGGAUGCCACCGGAGGCAUUUCUGGACGGCAUCUUCACCAGCAAGACGGACGUGUGGUCGUUCGGCGUGCUGCUGUGGGAGAUCAUGUCGAUGGGGUACAUGCCGUAUACGGGGUGCGCCAACAGGGACGUGAUGCAGCUGGUGACGAGCGGCGGCAGAUUGGACCCGCCGGCCAACUGUCCGGGUCCCAUAUACGGUAUAAUGACCCAGUGCUGGCACCCAACGCCAGAGCAAAGACCCACCUUCGCCACCAUCUUGGAAAGGAUGGGUUAUUGUGCGCAAGACCCGAACGUGAUGAGUGCGCCGUUGCCGGUUUUCCAACGUCCGCCAUCUUACGAAAGAGACACUACGGUCAUGAGACCGACGACGUCGGAAGAAAAUUGUCUACAGGUGGUACCAACAUCUUCCGACUAUCUGAUACCAAACCAUACCAACCCCACCACGCCCGACCAAAUCGAAUCGACCUCGUCGGUGGAGAAAUUACUGCCCGACAGCUCUGACAACUGGGAAACCUCUUUCAUCAUGCCCAAUUCGAGGUCCACGCAACCGCUGCUGAUGGACAACAGCAGGGAGGACGAGGGUGCAGUCACCUCUGUGGACAAACUCCUAUCUAUUGACAACAGCACAACUAAUUUGAAAGUAUCGCCGAUAUCUCUGCCCAACGCCAUUCUCACCCCUAGCAGUCACAACAACAACACGAAAUCGGAGAGCACCCUGAAAUCGGGGGUGUCUUUGGAUGCUGGGGCCUUAGCCAAACAGGUGAUGACGUCACAGAACAAGACUCCCCUGCAACCCAAGAAAUACGCGAAUAUCAAUACGGGGGAGGGGGUUACUAGCAAUGGGGUGCUGCAAAACGAUCCGUUCUCGAAUCACAUUGCAGCCGGUACGAAGACUGAGACACCAAUAUUAGUUGGUCUGAACCAUACGCCGUUUAGAAAUAAAAUGAGUAAUAAAAAGUAUAUCGCCCUUCACCAGUCCAAGGAAUUACCGCGAAAUCGAAAUACAGUGAAAUUUGGGUAG